AGCUUGAUUCAUUUAAUCGCAAGAAAUUUCAGCUUUUGAAACUUUAUUCUCCUUUCCCACAAAAACCAACUUCAAACAAUGGCCCACUUACUUAAAUUUGAGAAAGAAUCUGUUCAAACUUCAGAGAGAGUGAAGUGUGUGGAUCUGCAUUCAUCGAAACCAUGGAUUUUAGCCGCUUUGUACUCCGGAAAUGUGUGUAUAUGGAACUAUCAGUCACAGAAAAUAGAAAAGUCCUUCAAGGUCACCGAAUCACCAGUAAGGUCAGCCAAGUUCAUAGAACGGGAAAACUGGAUUGUCGUUGGAGCUGAUGAUGGUGUCAUCCGCGUAUUCAACUACGAUACGACAGAAAUGAUCAAAGAAAUCGAGGCGCAUACCGAUUACGUUCGGAGUCUGGCUAUUCAUCCGACACUUCCAUACGUGUUGUCGGCCUCCGACGACAAGCUUAUAAAGCUGUGGGACUGGGAGAAGGGUUGGAUCUGCAGUAGGGUGUUCGAGGGACAUGGACAUUAUGUGAUGCAAGCCGCUUUCGAUCCGAAAGAACUCGACACUUUCGCAAGUGUAUCGCUCGACGGCACCAUUAAGAUUUGGAACAUGGAUUCUGGAUCUCUGGAGUCUACAUUGGAUGCUCAUUCGGAAGGGAUUGAUUGCAUUGAAUACUUCAUGGCUGGUGAUAAACCAUUUCUGAUCACUGGUUCUGAUGAUUUCACUGCUAAGGUAUGGGACUAUGAAACCAAAUGUUGUGUCCAAGAACUAGAAGGGCAUGCACAUAAUGUUACUGCAAUAAGUGUCCACCCUGACCUUCCAAUUAUAAUUACUUGUUCUGAAGAUGGCACCGUCGGUGUCUGGGACAAAACAAGCUACAGGCUUGAGCAUACAUUGGAAUACGGGCUUGAAAGAGUGUGGAGCGUUGCUUACACGAAGGAUUCCAGCAAGGUGGUGCUUGGGUGCGAUAAAGGGACGGUUGUGGUCAACAUUAGUGGCUCUCACGGCUCGGAUCCUGCUAAUGUUUGAUGGCAUUGUGGAUCAUAAGCUUGAAGAUGCAAAUCUAUUACGCCUACUGGUUGUUAUGUUCUUCCCGUCAGCGUGUGGGGCAACGAAUAAAGGGCAGUUCGGAGUUGUAAUUAAUUGGGUGAUAUUAAUUUAACCUUGUUCUUGCACUUGUGUAAAAUUCCAUGGAA